AUGUUGGAAGGUAAAGCUAUGGUAGAUGACACAGACAUGCCAAGUAAGAUGCAGAUUCAAGCCAUGUCUUAUGCUUCUCAAGCUCUUGAUCUUUAUGAUGUUGUUGAUUGCGAAUCCAUUGCUGCUCACAUUAAAAAGGAGUUUGAUACAAGAUAUGGUUGUGGAUGGCAAUGUGUGGUAGGUUCAAGUUUUGGAUGUUUUUUCACUCAUUCUAAGGGAACUUUCAUAUACUUUACUCUUGAGACUCUUCAUUUUCUCAUCUUCAAAGGAGCUUGA